AUGAAACCUCCGACUGGCUUCGAAGAGCUUGCCUCGGUCGCUGAAAAGGGUGCUGGAAGUGAAUUUUGUGCUGUCGGAGUGGUCGCUGAUUUCCUGCCACCUACCAAGAGCAGGGGGCAAGAUUAUGUUAUCACCUUCACCUUGACAGAUCGAUCGUGGUUUCAAGGGGAAGGUCUGAAGUGUCGCUUCUUUGGCCGCACCGAAGACAAACUCCCUAACAUAAUUUCCAAGGGUGAUGUCGUUGUGCUCCGUUCUACCAAAUUAAGGCAAUACAAUGGGCAACUGAUGGCAUUAUCAAGUUUUCAGUCCUCAUGGCUUGUCUUCCAUCAGCAGGACAUUCCCCUCAAUGACACAGAAGUGAAUGGAGUCCUUCCCUUCUCCAAAAUGUCAGAUCAAACCCCGUCACCUGGCAAGGAUAUCAUUGAUUAUGCUGUAGAAAUCUGCAAUUUCUUGGAUCGCAGUACAUUUGGCGAGCCUGCUCCAGUGACAUCUUUGCAAGCGAGCAGUCUCAUGGGCUCGAACGGGGCCGCCCCUUCGCCAGCCCCAAAGAAAUUUCAGCUGAUCCAAGACCUAACUUUGCCCAGAACCACAAGGGACCUCAAGUUUGCUGAUCUCCUGGGCGAAGUGCGCAAAGUCUACAUGAACGAUUUUCGCGUUGAGCUCAGCAUAACGGACUAUACCUCGCACGAGUCUCUCUACAAUUAUGCCCAUACAUUGGAUGAUGAACAGGGCAGGGAUGGUGAUGAGUUCAACUAUAUACCAGGACAAAAACCCUGGUCAGGGCCAUGGGGCAAAAUGAGCAUGGUGGUGACCGCAUGGGAUUCGCAUGCCAACUUUGCCAGGAAAAAUGUUGGCCUCGGUAACAUUGUCUUUCUACGCAAUGUGCAGAUCAGUCUGGACAGAGAAGGUGACAGAAUGGAGGGAAAUCUGCGAGGCGAUAGAUAUCAUCCUGAUAGGAUCGGCAUCAGCAUUUGCAAGCCUCGGCAAGCACAAGACGAUGAUCGAAUCAAAGCACUCCUUAAGCGAAAGCGAGAUUAUGAAGCAGACCUCAAACUCCAUGGUAUCAGGGGUAUGGAAGAAUCAAACAAGCCCAAAGAUGAAGCAGUUCAGCAGCCAGCAAAGCAACCAGAGCUCACAGCGAGAGAAAAGAAAAAGCAAAGGCAAAAAGAGAGGAGAAAAGCGAAGCAAAAAGAAGCUCAAAAAGCAAGAGCCAAUACAUCAAAGUCAGCAAGCGAAUCCCUCAACCCUAAUAUCCGCACCAACAAAGUCCCCGAAACCAUCACCCCGGUCAAAAUCUCCGAAAUCACAGACCCCUCCGUUCUUCAUGGCGAUUUCACCACCCCGGCCGGCAACCCCUUCACCGUCCCCUUCAAAAACAACCUCUACCACCUCAACCGCAUCCGCGUCAUCGACUUCCACCCACCCAACAUCGCCGACUUCGCCGCCCCGCACAAAAGAAGCGAUUACGAAUGCCUCUCCGACUACGAAAGCGACUCAGACAUCUCCAUGGACCUGACCGACCCCCACGGCGCCGAGGUAGAAUGGGAAUGGCGGUUCGAGCUUCUCGUCGAAGAUGCCAGCUCACCCGCUCCCCAGGAGUCAGGGAGGAUGAAGCUGCUUGUCGCAGGCCCGGACGCGGAUUUUUUGCUUCGGAGCAUCAGAGCCACGAACCUGAGGGAGGAUGAGAAGAGCCUGGCGAAAUUGAAGGAGAAGCUCUUCCUGCUGUGGGGGGAUCUGCAGGAGCGGAAGGAGGAAGAGGAGGGAGAAAAGGAGGCAAAGGAGGAAGGGGUGGUGGAGGGGCGGCUGGAGCCUUCGGGAAGGCCGUUUGAGUGUCUGGUCAAGGAGUACGGCGUGCAGGCCCGUCACGAUGGGGCGUGGGAGAGGGUGUUUGCGCUGUUUGGGACCAGUAUUGUGAGCGAUUAA